UCCUCUGUGUAUUGUCGGAAAUCGGUUGGCAGUUUUCGCAUGUCGAUCGUCGGGUGGCGUUUGGUUCCCACGUCGUUUCUGGUCUCCGGUGAGACCCAGUGCAGCUCCUAGAACGUGCAAAAAUGGGCAAAGACGACGCCGAGACUACAGCCUUGAAGAAGGAACUGGAGUCUCUCAUCAGCAAGUGCAAGGAAGAGCAAAAGAAACAGCAGGAUACAACAUUGGAGGAGGCCUGCAGUGGAGUGUCGGAUGCUUCGAAAGUUAAGUUGUCAACUAAAAAGUUGCUAAAGGGGCACAUCAAUAAGGUCAACUCGGUGCACUAUAGCGGUGACAGUAGACACUGCGUAACUGGAUCGCUGGACGGCAAGUUAAUUAUCUGGGAUUCGUGGACCGGCAACAAGGUGCAGGUGAUUCCGUUGCGUUCAGCAUGGGUGAUGUCGGUGGCUUUCGCGCCGUCCGGCAAUUUCGUCGCGUGCGGCGGUAUGGACAACAUGUGCACCGUCUACGAUGUCAACAGCCGCGACGCUACGGGAUCAGCCAAGAUCGUAAGGGAACUGUUGGGUUACGAAGGAUUCCUGUCGUCUUGCAGAUUCCUCGAAGACAAAAGAAUCAUCACCGGAUCUGGAGACAUGAAAAUCUGCAUAUGGGAUCUCGAGGCCAACAAGAAAACUACAGACUUCGAAGCGCAUGCGGGCGACGUGGUGAGCAUCAGCUUGUCCCCCGAUGGCCAAACUUACGUCACCGGCUCGGUCGACAAGACUUGCAAAUUGUGGGACUUGCGGGAAGAGAAAGCUAAACAAACGUUCUUCGGUCACGACGCUGAUGUAAACUCCGUCUGCUACCACCCCUCGGGGCAAGGUUUCGUAACAGCGUCCGAGGAUAAAACGGCGAGACUGUGGGACUUCAGAUCCGAUCAGCAGUUAGCCACCUUUAAACCGCCCAACUCGAAUCCCGGUUUUACAUCGUGCGGUUUGUCUCUGAGCGGCAGGUUCAUCUUUUGCGGCAGUGACGACAAUUCUAUUCAUAUAUGGGAUACGUUGAAGAAUCAACACAAUGGUGUUCUGUCAGGCCACGACAACAGAGUAACGUCGCUCUGCGUCGCUGGUAAUGGAAUGGCAGUGGCUAGUUGCUCCUGGGAUCAGUAUGUUCGAAUUUGGGUUUAAACACGAUACACGAUUUAUGACGUACGAGUGCCGCCUGGAACAAUCCAUGAGGAACAUUGGACAGAAUGUGUUACCGAAAAUAUAUCGAUGUUAAAUUGUCAA